AUGGACUUCUUGCCUCAAAAUUACUACUGUAAUUUUAGUUCUAAACAGAAACAAAUAGUUCAAUACCCGGGCAAGCUCAAGGCCACGGGCAAGUGCCACCAUGUGUGUGGUGUCGCCACCGGCAGCUACCGCCUGUGCCAUGCCAUGGAGCGACUGGUGGAGUCCAUCCGCGUCCCAUGCCCGCACGCCGCCCAUGGCUGCACCGCGAGGCCGGCCUACCAUGAUCGAGAAGGCCACCGCUCGGCGUGCCCGCACGCGCCAUGCCACUGCCCUGGUGAGGCAUGCAGCUUUCUUGGCUCGACUAGCGCGCUCCUGGACCACAUCAGCGAGGUGCACAGCUGGCCGUGCAUCACCAACCUCGAGGCCGAAAAGUACGGCGAAUUUGCUGUCCACCUCCAUGACGGCUUCGACUUCCUCCUUGCUGAUUGCCCCACAGCCAACAUGAAGCAAGGCGCCACCGCUACCGUUCAGUGCCUGCUCCUGCUGACUAUGGCACGGCAACCGGUUGGCCGCACCAUCUCUGUGCUCUGCAUUGACCCUCAUGCCGCCGCCGCCGCCAAUGGUGGUGAUGGACCAGCGGCCUCAAAGCAAAUGGAAUGCAGGCUUACAUAUUAUCGGCCCUGGGACUUCAACGACAACAAUCAUCAUGGAGGUCAUCAGGUAUGGGACCAUUACCAGCAAUCCAACUUCAGAGUAGCAUGCACGGACCUCUCCGAUGGGAUGCCUAACCCCGAUGGCUGCUUCCAGUUUGUCCUGACAAACUCAGUUAUUGGAGCCUAUGACAGGGAUGGUAUCGAGGUCAGAGUUGGUAUUUAUAAGUACACCGGCCGGUGUGUGUAG